GGAAAUAAAUACAGAAUUGUAAAUCAGAGUUUAAACGCGGACUAAUGUUACUCCUUUUAUGUCUGCAAUAUCUAAACCCACUUUACAGUCUUCUAGUUAUGGCAACCUGUAUUUUAUGAACACAGUUUGUUAAAAGUAAACUACAACGUGCAACUUUACGUGCAUCACAAAACCGUUUGAAAGUAUGCUUUCGGUGAUACAUAUGUUUUUAAACUUUCUGAAAUGCAAUUAAGUUUUUUGCAAUAAAGUCUUGUGUAGUGUCCAGACAGAUACUCCGGCGUGAGACAGACCACACAGAGGCUCACACAGACCUAGAGAGAGCCGCCAUUGCGCUGCUAGACUCUCAACAGCGCUAAACUGUGAAUAAAAUCACGAUACAGACUUCUUUAAGCUUUAAACUAGCAUCUAGAGCAGCGAGACAUCUUUGUGAGCAAUGGAUCUCCAGCCUCUGCAAACAUAUCCUUGGUCUGUAUUUGGAUGACAUAGUGUGUUUACCAUGAACACCAGCAGCCAUGAAAGCUUACUGGGGAACGCCACAGACGUGAGACACAGCAGCGCCUGGGUCGUGGAGUCUGUCGUCAUAUUAGCCAUUGCCUUGUUUGUCUGUCUGGGCAAUCUGCUCGUUGUGCUGACCCUUUAUCGGAAGCCCUACCUCUUAACGCCAAGCAAUAAGUUUGUCUUCAGCCUGACGCUUUCAAACCUCUUGUUGUCGGUCCUGGUGCUGCCGUUUGUCAUUGCCAGCUCUCUUAAUGGAGAAUGGCUGUUUGGUGUUGUAUGGUGCAACUUCACAGCACUGUUGUAUCUGCUCAUCAGCUCUGCCAGCAUGCUCACGCUGGGAGCCAUUGCCAUCGACAGGUAUUAUGCAGUGCUGUUCCCGAUGGUCUACCCUAUCAAGAUCACGGGGAAUCGUGCAGCGGUGGCCAUAGUCUACCUGUGGUUGCACUCUCUGCUGGGCUGCCUGCCUCCUCUGUUUGGCUGGUCCACAUUUGAGUUUGACCAUCUCAAGAAGACCUGUACUGUGGCCUGGUAUCGUGACGUCAGCUACACUGCAUUCUGGGUUGCAUGGUGCUGCCUGAUUCCACUGUUUGCCAUGCUGGUGUGCUACAGCCUCAUCUUCCGCGUGGCACGACACAAAGCUCGCAAGGUGCACUGUGGCUCGGUUGUGGUAGUCCAGGAGGCCCAGUCCUCCAAUAGGAACAGUCGAAAGAACUCCACCGCCUCGGUUUCUUCUGUCGGGAGCCGGAAAGGUUUUAUCUACGCCGGAAGCCAGUGUAAAGCCCUGGUCACCAUUUUGGUGGUGGUCGGCACCUUCUUGAUGACGUGGGGGCCGUAUGUGGUAGUGAUCUGCACCGAGGCAGUUUGGGGGCGAGGAAGUGUGUCACCGGGACUGGAGACGAUGGUGACCUGGCUGUCGUUCAUCAGUGCUGCCUGCCAUCCUCUCAUAUACGGGCUGUGGAAUAAAACUGUAAGAAAGGAGCUGCUUGGCAUGUGCUGUGCUGACCGCCACUACCGGGAAACAUUCAUUAGUCGCCACAGAAAGUCCCGCCUCUUUAGCAUCUCUAACCGAAUCACAGAUCUUGGGAUGUCUCCGCAUCUGACGGCCAUGUUGGCUGGUGGAGGCCCGGUUUUAGGUGCUUGCAGCAGCACAGGAGACACUGGCUUCAGUUUUUCCCAGGACUCAGGUACAGAUAUCAUGUUGCUGGAUAACUGUUCUGAAGGAGCAGAAAGCUCACACUACAGUGCUUUAGUCGUAAAGCGCAGGAGUUCAGUGAUGUUUGAGGACCAGGUGGAACAGCAGUCUAAAGCAGAUGAGGAUCAGUCUCAAUGCCUGGUGAAGGCGGAGAUACACCAGGUGAUUGACAGCUUUGCAUCCAGUAUGGCCAAAGCCAUCGAGAGCGAUGCCAGACUUCUGCUGUUCGGUGCAGAGUCUCUGACUGACAGCGUUUCAUCGUGUCGACCCGCACAGAGGGGCUCACACAACCCAGAUGGACAGAGGCUCCGUCUGGAGAGCAUCGAUGAGGGAAUUUUUAACGAUGACAAGGUUGAAGAAGACGAGGAUGAAAUCGAGGAAAUAUGUGCAUAAAUAAAUCGACACAUGGCCUGAUAUUUGUUUAAUACAUUCUCAAUGAAGCAUAUAUUCUGACUGUGUAUAUAUCACUACAUAUAUAACACACAUACAGCGAAGAUGCAAUAAUAUGCAUCCAAAACUUCAAGAAAAAGUUCAAAACUAGUAAUUUUUAGCUGUUUGAGGAAAAUAACUCUCUUGCAAAGUAACUAAUUUAAACAAUUUAUGUAUACACCAAACUUGGUCCUGUAAAGCUUAGCUCCAACUUUCCUCAACACAUCUGGCUGGAUGUUUCUAGUAUGCCUAGUAAAACCUUUAUUAGCCAGUUCAGGUAUGUUUAAUUAGGGUUGGAGCUGAACUCUGCAGGACACUGGCUCUCCAGAAGCGGAAUUGGACACCCCUGAUAUAUACCGUAUAAAACAGACUGGGGCUAGUUGUCACGCUUAUUAGUCCAGUGAAUAUUUCUCAGAAUAGGUUUGUUGAAAGAAAAUUUCUGUUUAGGAAUAUACCAUGAUCGAUGCAUAUAGCCUAGUGGUUAGGGCACUGAUAUAUAUAUAUAGUGCAACUGUACCUCCAGCCAACUUGGGUUUGAAUCUUGACACUGGGUCCUUUGCCAAUCUUACUCCACCAAACACUUUCCUAUCAAUCUUCACUAUCCCGUUAAAAUUGAAAAAUUCUGUAUUUUUUUUAAUGAACAAAGUCUUCAAAACCACCAUGUAAACAAGCAUUUAUGCAACUAGAAGUCUGACACAAAACUUUAUAAUUACUGUAAUACAGUACCUGUGACAACUAGCCCCGGUCUCUUUAACUGUAGUGACUUCACAUUAAUCAAUAUAAAUGAGCUGUGUAAAGGUGUUUAGUGUGUAAUGUGUUUGUACAGAUGGAGGGGACCCAAAGGAAAAAUAAUCUUUUGAAUUGUUGUGUUUAGCACUGUUUACAUAUGUAUGCGUAUUACUUUGUCUAAUUUUCAUGUCAUAAUUACUGUCACAAUGUGGCCUUCAUGUUUGCAUACAACCAUGAAUAAUGUUUAGACCUGCCAAAAAUGAUGAACCACAGUCCAUUAUGAAUGGAAAGCUUUGUGUCAUGUGGUGCUGUUUUCAAGUGCUGAGCUUGUAACAUCGUAAAACACAGUCUUCUACUUAAGAAUAUGCACACAAUCAUGAUACUCACGUUUGAUAUUUCUACAGUGGAAAAAAAUGUUGUAAAAUUAUUAUUUUUCUUUGUAUUGCAUUUCAAGGUGUAAACAUUUUGUAAUUUAAUUUUCUUUAAAAAAAAAUCAUUUAAAUUAUUAUUUUACAAAACAUUCACUAUUCUGUCUUUUUUUGUCAUAAUUGUCUUUCUGAAAAAUAAACAGCACUUGUAUUUCUAAGUCUGUUUCUCCCAGUGGUCAGUAUGUGAAGGUGUUAAUGAUUAGAGUCUGCCGAACAUCUGUAAGGAUCUCAGCCAACACUGAUGCAGCAGGAGAAGAAGAGUGCAAACAGAGAAGUUUUACUUUUACAGUAUAAGCCUUUUAGCUAAUUGUUUUUUGAUUUAUGCAUAAAAACAACAUUUAUUGGAAUUUAUUACAGCAAAAAGCAAUUUGUCAGGUUUUUCUUAUAAAUUAUUUAUUUUAUAUAACUUUAUCCUUAUUUGUAAGUCACUUUGGAUAAAAGUGUUUGCUAAAUGACUAAAUGUAAAUAUAAAUGUAACUUUGUUUAUAUGCUUGCUAUGCACCUAAUA